GAUGAUCAAGUUGUCGGUAAUCGCCAUGCUCCUCGCCGCGGCGGCGAGCGCAGCCCCGGCUGCCCAACAGGCCUCCUCGGCCGUCCAUCAACCGUCAUCCGUGCUCGAACAAGCUCUCGACGUGUACGCGUCCUGCUCGGGGGAGGAGGACAUCUCCGUCUGCCUGAAACUGAAGGCGCUCAGAUUCGUGGACAGGGUGGCCAGGUCGGCCGAGGACAUCGAGCUCGCGGAUGGGUUCAAGAUCGUGCAGACGAAGGAGGCCGAGGGCAGCCGGGCGGACAACGGCAGGUCUCUGAACGACAUCGAAAGUAGCCUGCCCGCCGAGGCGGAGGCCAAAGAGGCCGCCAUCGAUCAGGCCAUCCUCGACAGGACCGCCAAGUUCCUCUCCACCCACACCGUCGAGUUGAGCCUGCCCGAGGAAGUGUCCCGCUCCUUCGACGAAGCUCGAGGAAAGAAGAAGAAGAUCGUGAAAUCUCUGCUGCCGAUCCUGUUGCUCCUCAAACUGAAGGCCGCUGCUCUCAUACCGAUCGUUGGCGGGCUGGCCCUGCUCGCCCUCAAGGCGCUCGCGAUCGGCAAGAUCGCGUUGAUCAUCAGCGCCAUCAUCGCCCUCCAGAAGCUGUUCGCCAACAAGCAUCAGAGCUACGAAGUGGUCGCUCACCCGGUGCACUCGUACGGGCAGGAGGACCACCACGGAUGGGCGAGAUCGUCGGACGGCGCCGAUCUCGCGUACAACGCGUACAAACCCUCCCAAUAAGCUUAAGUCGCUCGUGGUUUUCCCAGCGAUUU